CCGCUCGCGGGGUCAGCAGGUAGGCGGUCAUGGCGAGCUCAGCCGCCUCGUCGGUGAGACCGCCAAGGCCCAAGAAAGAGCCGCAGGCGCUCGUCAUCCCCAAGAAUGCGGCGGAGGAGCAGAAGCUUAAGCUGGAGCGGCUUAUGAAGAACCCGGAUAAAGCAGUUCCAAUUCCAGAAAAAAUGAGUGAAUGGGCACCUAGACCUCCUCCAGAAUUUGUCCGAGAUGUAAUGGGUUCAAGUGCUGGGGCUGGCAGUGGAGAAUUCCAUGUGUACAGGCAUCUGCGCCGGAGAGAAUACCAACGACAGGACUACAUGGAUGCCAUGGCUGAAAAGCAAAAAUUGGAUGCAGAGUUUCAAAAGAGACUGGAAAAGAAUAAAAUCGCUGCAGAGGAGCAGACUGCAAAGCGUCGGAAAAAGCGCCAGAAGUUAAAAGAGAAGAAAUUGUUAGCAAAGAAGAUGAAACUUGAACAGAAGAAACAAAAGGAAGGAUCCAGUGAGUCUCAAGAGCAACAGUCCAGCAGCUCUGAGGAGGCGUCUGGAACAGAGGAGGAGGAAGAGGAGCCCAGCUUUAUCAUGGGACGAUGACAGCGUUUGCGACAGCAGCCGCCUAGAGCCUGGUCACUCUGUGACCAGGGCCUCAGAAAACCCUCAUUGUGCCCAGAAGGGAAAGGAAGCUCUGUUUCAGCCGGCUCCCUCCCAGGACUGCCUGGGUAGACAGCAAAUGGGAGCCCCUCUUGAGCUGCUCGCAGUCCUGCCUGUCAGUGGGACUUGGAGCCUGAGGGACAGAGAGACUGUCUCUUGGACACUCGAGGGCACUGCAUAGCAGAGUUCAUCCAUGUUCCUGCUAAAAGGGAAAGGGUGCUUGGCUUUCUGCUGCUGGUGCCUGUUCUCACAUAUUCGAACAGUGAUGAAUUUUGGGCUGGUUUCUGUAAAGGGAAAAUUUAUUUAGUAAAGAACAGAAAGCCUUAAGGUUUUGUUCAGACAUGUGAAACAUUAAUUACAGAAGCUGUAGGGAGGGCUGUGAAAUGACACAAUAGAGAUGGGGCCUCAAGAUUCAACAGGUCCUAUUACUUGGACCUGUUCCCGGACUCACUGAAGGAAGUGGCUUUGGUCCUGGGGCUGACCUGUGGUGCUUGCCCCUGACCUCCACUGCCUUCGACAGAGUGCAGAUACCCCGCAGUGCCCAGUGUGCAAAUGUGUAUCAGGAAACCCCGGGCAUGUGUGAAGGAAGGUGUCAGGGACUUAACCAGGCAGGCUGGGCCACAAGAAAGGAGCUUGAUGUGUGGAAAGAACUGUUAGGGAAACAACUGGUGACUAGAAGAAUGAACAGGUCAAGAAUCCAGGUUGGGCUGAACCAGGGUGGAGGAACUGGGGAAUCCUAGCCAAACCGGGGGGUGUGUAUUGGCCAAAGGCUGCACUUUUAUCCUGAGACCAAAGGGGAUCUAAGCCAAAAAGGGACCAAAAGAGAUUGGACAGGCAGGUGGAACUCUCAGGGACCGAAGCCCUCAGGGCUUUCCUCCUGGGUCACAUAGGAGCUGGGGUCAGAGAGGAGGCGACCAGAACUCCCACUGUGUCCUUGGGUGAAUGCAUUCCUAAACCAACUUCCAUGUACUGCCCCGAACUGGACCCUGUGCCAGGCAGCGUGGGAGUUAGCCAAGGUCAGCCUUUGACCUUGGGUACUUUUGGGCGAGCAGGGUCAACAGAGAAGGUUUCUAAUUAGAGCCCUUACUCAAUUUUUGGAUUAUUUCUCUCCAAUGCCAAGUUCCUAAGGUAUAUUUCGUGCCUCUUACUUUGGUUGAAUUAAGGAAAUUAAGGGUUUUGAGUGAAGGGAAACAAAGAAACAUUUUUCUUUUACUUAUGAUUUCCUGGCCCCACUCUGAGCCAUGUGACAUCUGUGAUACCUUCAGUGGUUCAAGUCACAGGAAUUUUUCUUCCCCAGGAAGCUGAAAUGGAGAACCAACCCUAAUAAAUUAGCACACACCCUGGCCAUACAUUUUGAAACCUGUGUUUCUCUUAUGUCAGGGACUGGCUGCUUAGUUUUGUGUUUUGUUUUUAGUUCUCCUAUUUUUGAACUGUUAGUUUCCUUAUCUCCCCCUCUCCCAUCUCCCCAAAUGUGUCACAACUCCUGUUUUGAAUCUGCAGCCUGGACUUCAUGGGCAUUCUCUCAUACUGGAGUCUGUUCAGGGUGCCAGAGCUUGGGUUUGAGUCCUGACCUUGCCUUUGAUAAGACAGAGAGCUGUGGCAAGUAUUUCCUGCCUUUGCUCGUUUGCUUGGCAGAGCUUAGUGAGAGAGACACUCAGCAGAUGUGUGUUGGGUGGGUGGACAAAGGACUAAACACAUAGUGGGCUGCCAGGCUGGAUGCUGAUGUUUUACUCUUUUCUAGAUUUCAGAAGAUGAUGUUUAGGCAGAACAUGUCCUGUAGCAAUUUCUGACCAUUUUUAAGGGAUCAUCAACAUCUGAGUUGAAUGAUUAUCAGUCUUUCUCAGUCUUUGGGGGAAAAGAGGAACAAACAUGUUGCCAUUGAGAAAGGAAUGGGUGAUACUGAGAACCCCUCCUCCAAAAAAGCCACAAUUAGGGGAGAAUCAUGAAGUAAUGCCCUUGGUGGCUCAUGGGUGGGGAGAAGUCUGGAGCUGAACACAGAGGUGUAUAUGACAUAUCUAGGUUGUCUCAAAAGACCUCAAGUAUGAUAAUUCUGAUAUACCAGGUAGCAUAGGCUUUCAUACAUUCACUCACACACUCAACGUGUAUUGAGCACUUGGGACAGCCUUUGUCAGGCUGAGUUAUUUGUAUUAGAAUACUCUGCCUUUCAGUUAGAUUUCCAAAUUUUUUAAGAUUUACCAAACAAGAUUUAUAACAGAGAGAUCUGGAAACUUGUCCGGAAGACCUAGCAAGUAAGGAGUAGAGCUGAGAGAUCUGAACCCAGCCAGCGUGUCUCCAGAAUCCGUCAUACCCGUGUGCUGCUCUGGGGAGAAGCUGUGUGUAGCACAAGCUUGGCAGGGAGGGGUACCCAGGUGCUGCUCUUUUGGUGCCAGGGCUGUGGACUGCAGGCCCCUCCUUUAAUGAGCUCUCUGGUGCAUUGGUAUGUGUAUGUAUAACUUAUUUGUAACCCCAGAUCAAUACAGUGCCUUCAGACUUUGGCAGACAUGCAUAGAGUGUUGAAAAACGAGUUGCCCGACAACACAUAUGUUCCCAGCUGAGGUCAAACAAGGCAAUGUUCCACUUGCUUGUUUCAGCUCCUACUACAAAGUUUCCUUUUCAUGGUCAUAUUUAAUGGCAGGUUUUCUGCCUUUUUUGCUUUUUAGUGAUUUUGCUGUUCAGAAUGGCCCUCAAAGCAUAGUGCUGAAGUGCUGUCUAGUGUUUCUUUUAUUUUUUUGAUGGCUAGCUAGUACAGGAGUCGAACCCUGGACCUUGGCAAUGUUCUCAGCACCAACUGAGAAUUAGACCCAGCCAGACCUGACUAGUGUUUCUAAGCGCAAGAAAGCUAUGAUGUGCCUUGUGGAGAAAAUAUAUUACAUAAGCUUCAUUCAGGCAUGAGUUAUAGUGCUGAUGGCCAUGAGUCUAAUGUUGAUGAAUCAACAAUAUAUAUUAAAUAGCUGGCCAUUUAGCUCAGUCGGUUAGACCAUGGUGCUGAUAACACCAAGGUCUGGGGUUCAGCCCCUGUACCGGCCAGCAAAAAAAAAAAAAAAAAAAGUGUGUGUGUGUGUGUGUGUAUAUAUGUAUGUAAAUGUAUAUAAAGAAGGCAUCUUUAAACAGAAACACGAGAUUAUGUAUUGAUCAAUUGUUGAAAAUGUCCUGAACAGAGGCUCACAGGAACUAACCCUGUGUUUCCCCUAGAAGCAGUGGUUCAGUACUCGCUAAUGCA